AUGGAUAAAUGUGCUGUUUUUCUUCUUGCAGUGAUUGCCUGCAGCCAUCUAGUUUUCUCAGUUGAGGGAAGAAAAAUAAAAUCAGUGAGCAAACUUGGUUCAAAGCAGAGCAACCAGGUUGACAACUCUGCGGUGCACAAAGAAGAUCAUCAACCUGCAGCCCCAAGUUACAUUCCUAAUGCAGAUGCCCACCAUUCAGCUUCAGCAUCAGGAAAGAAAGAAGUAUUGUCACCCCCUACACCAACUAAAAGCUCAGAUUUUGGUGAUUCACUUGCAGGGUACAGCGAAGAUUUCCUACCCGCUAAAGCAGGGAGCAGCCCUGGUGGUGUUGGACAUUCUUUUGCAGAAGAUCAUGAAGAUACUGAACAAAAAUCUGGACGCAUUAGCCCAAGCAAUAAUAAGCAUUCUAUUGCAGGAGCUAAGGAAGAUUCCCGACCUAGCAGCCCAGGACACAGCCCUGGUGCUGGACAUUCUUUAGCAGAAGAUGAUGAAAAUACUGAAAAUUCUUUUGCAGAAGAUGAUGAAAAUACUGAACAAAAAUCAGGAAGCAUUAGCCCAAGCAAUGAUAAGCAUUCUAUUGCAGAAGUUAAAGAAGAUUUCCGACCUACCAACCCAGGACCCAGCCCUGGAGCUGGUCAUGCUUUUCCAGGCAAAAAUUCAGAGCCAAAUGCCUAG